CAGUCCACCAGCCCUUGCUGUUGGGAAUGGGCAGACAAGUGGGAGGCUGGGGAGGGAGGCUGCCACAAGGCCUGCCUGGGAGCUGAGUGCCCGGUGCUGAAGGGGACCCUUUCCACCAUGCAGGUGUGGCAAUACCCACUGCUGCCUCCCAAGGUAAGGUGCUGGCUUCAUAUUCACCUUUGGCCUGUCUCUGUUGGGCCACUAAAGCUGGGAGCAUCCUCUUCCCAGGCCCCUGUGGGGCAGUGUGAGGAGGCACCUCUCUUUGGGGCAGGGGGGCAGAUCAGAGACCAGGAGCAGUAGCAGCGGCUGCCCAGAGGACUCCCAAGGAGAAGGUAGAGGAGGCUGAGGAAAUACCCCACAAGGGGUGACGGACUGGGCUCCUGAGCCUCACAGGGGUGCCGCAGAAAGAAUGUAGUCGGUCAAGGAAGCCGUGGACUCAAAAGGGUUGAAAACCUUUGGACUAAUGGUAUAUAUUGCAACCAUUAAGCUCAUUACGGGCAAGACAAGUAAACGCCUCGGAAACUCUUGUGCUUGAGUCAUUUGUUACUCCAUCCGGGUGAUUCUGCUUGCUGACGCUGCUGCAUUUUUUUGCAGUGCUGGAAGUGCUGCUCGGUGAUGGAUUUAUGGUGGUUUCAAAUGCCACAAAUAUCUGGCAACAACCUUAUGAGGAGCCUGUAGCAUUUGAGGAUGUGGCUGUGUAUUUCACAAAAGCAGAGUGGGCUCUGCUGGACUCAACGCAAAGAGCCACCUACAGGGACGUCAUGCUGAAGAGCUAUGAGAAUGUGGCUUCCGUGGCAUUUCAACCUUCGAAACCAGACCUGAUCUCCGCCCUGGAGCGAGGGGAAGUGCUGUGGGGACCUGAUCAGCAGGAACACAAGGAGCAUGAGAUCCCACCAGGCAGAAGCUCAGGAGAUGAGCAGGUGAGUGUGAAUACAAAGAAACCUGUUCAGCCGGAAAGUUUCACCCUGGGGAAUCCAGACGAGGUGCAGUUGCAAAGGGCUGAAGAGAGCCAGAGAAAUGGGAAGAGCUCUCGCACCUGGCAUGGAGCAGAGUGGCCUCGGAGAAAGCGUCUUGGGAAUCGAAGGGCCAAAGCCAUUCCAGCUCGGAAGAGCAAAGAGCAAACACAAAUUAAGAGCAGACCAAAGAGAAACUCCCCUUCUAAAGCCCCGAACAGAAAACCAUCGGAAAAGUGCUCUGUCUGUGGAAAAACCUUUUGUAAUAACACUUACCUUGUUAUACAUCAGCGGACCCACACGGGAGAAAAGCCAUACACGUGCUCGGACUGUGGGAGAAUGUUCAACUCGCCGUCAAACCUUCGCUCACACGAGAGAAUCCACACAGGAGAGAAGCCACACUCAUGUGCAGAUUGUGGGAAAAGUUUCAUGCAGAACCGAAACCUUCAGCUACACAGACGCGUCCACACCAGAGAGAAGCCACACGGUUGUUCCUACUGUGGGAAGAAGUUCCAGAGCAAAGCGCAUGUUGCUAGACAUGAAUACAUCCACAAAGAAGAGAAGCCGUUCCAAUGCUCAGAGUGUGGGAAAGGAUUCAGAGCGAAAGAGCACCUUAAAGUUCACAAGAGGACACACACAGGAGAGAAACCCUACAAAUGCUUGGACUGCGGCAGGAGCUUCAAUUGUUUGUCUAACUAUAACAGGCACAAGAAAACGCACAGAGGAGAGAAACUGCAUAAUUGCUCAGAUUGCGGGAAAAGCUUCAGAAUGAGUUCAGAUCUUAAAUCACACAGGAGAAUCCACACUGGUGAGAAACCUUAUCAGUGCUCAUUCUGUAGGAAAACCUUUCGGUGCAGUUCGAGCCGCGUAAAUCAUGAGAGAACCCACGGAGGAAAAAAACAGUAUCAGUGCCCCGAAUGUGGCAAACGUUUAAGUCAGAAAUCGUGCCUUGUUAAGCAUUUGAGAAUGCAUAAGAAUAAAUGCUCAGACUGUGGGAGAAUGUUCAGCAAAAGUUCAGCCCUUCAACAUCAUCAGAGAAAAAAACAUUCAGGUGAGAAUCCGUUCACAUGUUUGCGCUGUGGGAAGAGCUUUGACCGCAGGUCAUCGCUGAUAAUUCAUGAGAGGAUUCACACAGGGGAGAGACCUUACGUUUGCUUAGAGUGUGGGAAAGCCUUUAUACAGAAAGGUAAACUUUUGCGACACGAGCGAAUGCACACAGGAGAGAAACCAUAUGAAUGCCCCCACUGUGAGAAGAACUUCAGCGAGAGAGGGAACCUUGUUCAACAUGUGAGAAUCCACACGAGGAAGAAACCCUACAAAAGUUCCCGCAAGAUCACACCUCAUUGAGCACGAGAGAUCCCAUCCAGGAGGGACUUCCCAUGACUGUUCAGAAUGUGGGAGAAGCUUUUUGGCCAUCUUUCACGCCGCCUUAAAUGUUCAAGAACAAGUGUAAAUAAGUUUUGAUGGCUGUAUUCAUGGAAAACCGAUUGGUAUCAUUUUUGUAAAAUAUGCAGGUAUAUAAGGUAUGUAAAAUGAACCAUGGAAAGAGAAGAAGGGGAGAUGUUGGUAUCUUAAGUAUGUAAAAUGUUUAUUUGAGAUUGUAGAACACAAACUUUAAUUAAAA